UUAGACGUAAUCUUGGUCGUGUCCAACGGAAGUUAAUCGACCCUGAAGAAUUUCGCCAUACGCACGCAAAUCUCAGGGCCACACAAAGCCAAGAAUGGCGCCAGUUAAUUGCUUCGCUUGGUAAUUUUUGGGCUUCUAUCAGCAGGACAUCACAAAACAGGAAUUGAUUCCAAUCAGAGGCCAGUCAAGAUGUUUCUUGUUGUGUAAUUAUGUGUGUUUUACUCUGGUAUGUGAGUGACUGUAAAAUGAAUAACAAAGUAAAUUGACAUACUGAUGGAGCUUUGGUGCAAUUUAGUUCUGCCUGAAGCAAUGACAAUGCUAUCUAUUUGAGUAAUCCUGUAAUUAUUUCGAGGUAAUCAUAUAUUUUGGACCACAUAAUAUUCCGCACCACACAUUUUCUUUUUAAGCCACUUUAGGGGUUGUCUUCAGAUCCACGGCUGUAACAAUUAUAGGGGUAUCUCAAAAUCUGACAUAAAUAGUUUGUGACCUUCAUAAAUUCCGGUCAGGCCCUAAACACUUAUUUAGGAAAAGGUCAAACUAAUGUUUGUUUUUCAUUGGCACACACGCUUGACUCAAAGGGAUCAAUAAAGCAGCAAAGGGAAACCUUAUAUUCAUUCAGAAUAUGCAAAUGCAGAGCUUUAAGAUGCUUCGGUGGUCUCCUUGACAUUUUUGUCCCCCACUAUGUUUUGUUUGGGAAAAGAAGCGGGAGGUCUUCCUUGGUUGUCCAUCUUCUGGCGGGGUCACUACCGCCAUUUUAAAUCGGAAAUCAACAGUAACGAGGUUUCACAUUGUAGUUAUGGUUCCCCUCAAAGGGCCAUUAUGACGGUGAACUAGACUUAAAUCAAAUUGAGGAAUAAGUAAUUUUGAAAUUAGAAGCCAGUAAAAAAAAAAAAAAAAGCUAUUUUUCUAUUUGUUUGAAAAGGGGGAUAGGUAACAAAGAAAUGCUUGUGAUAUCUUAAUGUUAUUAAAAGUGAAGACAAUCUGCAAUUUAGGCAUUUUAGCAAGAGACGAAGUCGACGUACAUGAUUUGCUUUCGCGGGCCACAUAAAAUGAUGUGGCGGGCUGGGUCUGGACCCCCGGGCCACAAGUUUGACAAUUUAAAAAAAAAAGUCCUUGAAAUUUCUGUAAAAAAAAAAAAGUUAAGAAAAUUAUCAUUUUUGUUCAAAAUGUUUUUGCCAUAAUCAAAAGAACUCAUCCAUUUCACAAGAAACAUGAAGAACAUACUUUUGUUUGCUCUCGUGUGCCCAAAAAUAUGGUGUGGCGGGCCAGAUCGGGCCCCCAGACCCUGAGUUUGACACAUGUGCUUUAGAGAGUUCACUCAAUCUAACGUACAUGUUUUUGAGAAAUAUGCAAACGUUCCAGAUUUGGAGGACAAUUUAGGCACCAACAUCUUUUUAAAUAUAUUUCUUUUUUUUCCCCAAGCAGUAAUAACCCAUCAUAUGAUUUGUUUGAUUUGUGCAGCUUAUCCAAUGCUUUUUUUUUUUUUUUUUUUUUUUUAAUCUUUUUAUGAGAUCUGAGAUAACUUUCAACUUUUGGGUGGAAUUCAGCAGACUUUAAUUACCUCUUGCGCUCCAGGCAGAGGUGGAACCUGACUUCCCAGUUCAGCCCACUUUCUGGAGAUUUAUUGCCCUCCCUCCACUCUUACCCGAUCACACACACAUUCGGACAGUUCAAAUACUGUCUUUCUAAAUAGGUAAGUCAAGUUUCAGAAGAAACCUGAAUGAUUGGCGAGAGGCGAAGCAGCCAUGGCCAGGUCAAAAGGGCGACUGUAUGCAUGUUGCGCGCUGAUGCUGCUGUUCUGCGUCAUUGUUGUGUCCGUGUGCGUCAGUCAACUUGGGAGGCGCAAGUGUCCACAAGAUUCCUUCUCUCACGCAGCAGUGGCUGCAGACACUGGGACAUGUUCACAAAUUGCACGGGACAUGCUUGAAAAAGGGGGUUCAGCGGUAGAUGGCGCUAUUGCUGCCCUGCUCUGCACUUCUCUCCUGAACCCUCAGAGUUUGGGCCUUGGGGGUGGAUCCAUAUUCACAGUGACGGACAGCACCGGCAAAGUACAAAUCAUCAACUCCAGAGAGCGUGUCCCUGGGAAGUAUAACGCAGACACGUUGAAGUCGUGUCCCAAUCCCCCUCGCUUCAUGACAGUCCCUCCCCAUCCAGGUAGCUUGUGGAUUGGAGUCCCAGGAGAACUCCGUGGUUAUGAACAAGCACACAGACAUUAUGGCAAGUUGCCAUGGGCAACCCUCUUUCAGCCAAGCAUCCGGCUGGCCAGACAGGGGUUUCCUAUUCCACAAAUCCUUGGUCAAUACCUGCCUUACAGUGAUAACAAUGAGUCUCAGUCACUGCGUGAGCUGUUCUCUGAUAAAAAUGGAAACCUGCUGCAAACGGGAGAUAUUGUGAAAUUUGAGACACUCGCCGACACAUUGGAGACGAUUGCAAAUUUCGGAGCAGAUGCUUUCUACACUGGAAAAAUAGCAGAGGAUUUAAUCCGAGACAUACAGGAGGCAGGAGGGUCACUGACAUUGCAGGACUUGGCAUCUUACACAGCAACUGUGAGCGAUGCAUGGAGCAUUCCACUGGGAGAAUAUCAGAUGUACACCGCACCACCCCCUGGGGGUGGCUACAUCCUUAGCCUCGUCCUCAACAUCAUGAAAGGAUAUGACCUGAAUCCAGCAUCCCUGAAAGGUGAACAAAAAGCAUUGUUUUAUCAUCGCUAUGUUGAAGCUCUCAAGUUUGCUAACGGAUUAAAGAAAUUGGAGUUCAGUUCAGAAUUGACAAAGAAAUUCACAGAGGACAGCUUCGCCGAUCACAUCCGCAGUUUAAUCAGCGAUGAAAUGUCACAUGAGCCGCAGUAUUACAAUAUGACACCAUAUCUGGACAGUAUGGGCACCACACAUGUCUCGGUGCUGGCCCAGGACGGAUCUGCUGUGUCUGUCACAAGCAGCAUCAACCACAUAUUUGGCUCCAGAGUCUUAUCUCCAAGCACCGGAGUUAUCCUCAACAGUCAUCUGUGUGACUUCUGUGGAAGAGUUGAUAGCUUAUUCGCAGGGGAGCAGCCUCCUUCAUCCAUGUCUCCUACUGUGCUCAAGUCUAAGUCAAAGGUCCUGGUGAUUGGAUCAACUGGUAGCAGUAUGAUCACCACUGGAAUGGCGUCGGCAAUCAUGAACCACCUUUGGUUUGGAAAAAACCUUAAGGAGGCAAUUGCCACUCCAGUUGUUUUUGUCGAUUAUCAAAAUGCACUGAAGUUUGAAGCCAACUUUGACAAGGAUGUAAUCGAGGAUCUGAAAGCUCUGGGACACACUCACAAACCUGCCAAGAAGUUUUUCAAUGUGGUCAAUGCUGUAGAGAAGGAGGAUGGAUGUAUCACUGCAGUGUCUGAUGCAAGGAAACUUGGUAAAGCAGCUGGUUACUGAUGCUAUGCAUCAGGGAACAUGAGAACACCUAUAUUUGUGGAGCCAAAUUAAUGCAACAGCUAAUGUUGAAUGGAACCUUUUUGUGUGUAAGACAAAAAUCAAAACCAAUUCAGAAUAUAUAGUACUUGUAUCUUAAAGGUCCCAUGCCAUCAAAGAAAAAAAAAAGAAGAAAAAAUAUCCAUCCAUCGAUCAAUUUUCUUUACAGCUUAUCCUCACUAGGGUCGCGGGCUGCUGGAGUCCAUCCCAGCUAUCUUCGGGCGAGAGGCGGGGUACAACAUGAACUGGUCGCCAGCCAAUCGCAGGGCACAUAGAAACAAACAAUCAUUCGCGCUCACAUUCAUACCUACGAGCAAUUUAGAGUUUCCAAUUAACCUACCGUGCAUGUUUUUGGGAUGUGGGAGGAAACCGGAGUGCCCGGAGAAAACCCACGCAGGCACGGAGAGAACAUGCAAACUCCACACAGGCGGGGCCGGGAUAUGAACCCCGGUCCCCAGAAAUAUAUAUAUAUAAUGUUCAUUGUUCCCACACGUUUAGCGACAAUGACUGCAAGCGUCGGCUAUUUCAUCUACAGUUACAUUAUAUAUUACAAUACAGUUAAGUCCAUCCAUCCAUUUUCUACCGCUUAUCCGAGGUCGGGUCGGGUAACUCUACCAGGGAUGCCCAGGCUUCCCUCUCCCCAGCCACUUCAUCCAGCUUUUCCGGGGGGAUCCUGAGGCGUUCCCAGGCCAGCCGAGAGACAUAGUCUCUCCGGCGUGUCCUGGGUCGUGCCCGGAACACCUCACCAGGGAGGCGUCCGGGAGGCAUCCAAAUCAUCUGGCUCCUCUCGAUGUGGAGGAGCAGCGGUUCUACUCUGAGCUCCUCCUGGAUGACCGAGCUUCUCACCCUAUCUCUAAGGGAGAGCCCGGACACCCUCCGGAGAAAACUCAUUUCGGCCGCUUGUAUCCGGGAUCUUGUUCCCGCAUACACAGCUCGUGACCAUAGGUGAGGGUAGGAACGUAGAUUGAUCGGUAAAUUGAAAGCUUAGCCUUUCGGCUUAGCUCCUUCUUUACCACAACGGACCGAUACAAAGUCCGCAUCACUGCAGGCGCUGCACCGAUCCGCGCUGCACCCAUCCGCCUGUCAUUCUCCCGUUCCAUAUCAAUGUAUCUUGAAGGGGAAGGAUUCAGUCUUACACUAAUGUUAAUCGAUGAAGACACACUUCAGCAUCCGAGUCACAACAGAGUGAUCGACAGAUUUGCCAGCCUGAAAAACAGACAGCAUUCAACGAUGCUUCUACCCACCAAGUAGCUGGUUAUAGCAGCAGUUAAUUUGAUUUUGAUUACAUUAUUAACUCGUCCAAGAGAAAUUAUUCUCUGGAAUUUUUUGCUUGGCUGACUCUGUGCCAGCACAGUGACUUUUUUUGCAUACAGCUUUUCAUACACGGUAACAAUGUGUUACAUAGCUUUUCUUUUUUUGUGGUUAAUGCUGUAAACAUACUUCCUGUGUUGGUGUACUGUAUUAAAAACAGACUGAAAUAACUACAGCUCUUAACAGUGACUUUGAACUUUUACUCUGUAUUGUAUCGUUUUAGAAUCUGUCCAAAAACAUUAAAAAGCAAUUUGAGUCUU